AUGAGAGCUGCGAAUAAAGCUAUCAAAAGGGUGAAACAUCCAAUGCCAACAAUGGAUGAGCUAAUUCAUGACCUGAAUGGUUGCAAGGUAUUUUCAAAACUUGAUUUAAAUCAAGGAUACCAUCAAAUAGAGUUACACCCAGACAGCAGAUAUAUUACAACGUUCAGUACACACCUUGGGAUCCAUAGACAUAAACGUCUCAAUUUCGGGGUGAAUGCAGCGACUGAAAAAUUCCAGUUUAUAAUUGAACAAGUUCUUCAAGGACUAGAAGGCGUGAAGAAUAUUUCGGAUGACAUCUAUAUUUUUAGCAAAAAUGAUGAUGGUCACGAGAAGCAUAUCAGAGCAUGUUUACAACGAAUCAAAGAAAAAGGUCUUACGCUUAAUAAAAGAAAAUAUGGAUCGCCAUUCGGAAUAGGAGCAAUUUUGACACAAAGAAGCUCAAAAAGUGGAAAAGUACAAGUUGUUGCUUAUGCAUCAAGAAGUCUUGAUGAUGUUGAAACUCGUUACUCUCAAAUCGAACGUGAAGCACUGGCUGUUCGUUGGGGAGUUGAACACUUUCACUUACCUGGAGCGAAUAAUCCAGCAGAUUAUUUGUCACGUCAUCCAUCGAAAGCAGAGAAUAACCGUGAUCUGAAAAUUGCAGAAGAAUUUCUGAACUAUGUGUGUGAAAGUGCUUGUCCAAAAGCGAUCACACUAAAAGAAAUAGAAGAAGAGACUUUCAAUGACCCUAUGAUGCAAAAUAAAAUAACUCCGUUAUGGCCAAGAGGAAAUGCCCAAGCUGAAAAUUUCAUGAAACCACUAAAUAAAGCAAUCAAAACUGCUACAGUUGAAGGAAAAUCAUGGAAACAAGAAUUGUAUAAAUUUCUAAGAAAUUACAGAGCGACUCCACAUGUAACAACACAUAAAGCUCCUGCUGAACUGCUUUAUGGAAGAAAUAUUAAAGUUUUAUUUCCUGAAGUAAUAAAAGUUGCAGAUGAUAAAGAAUUGCGAGAAUGUGAUUCGAAACAGAAACCAUACAGAAAAGGUAUGCUGAUAAGAGACUUUGCACACGACCUGCUUCUCAACUGCAUAUUGGUGACAUGGUGUUGGUUCGACAAAGAAGACAUAACAAGUUAA